UAACAGGAAGUGACGUUUCAGGAGUUUUUAAUAUUGGCUUCCUGUGAUGUUUCCAAUCCAUGUACGUAUAAUAUCUAUGGUAUAGAUCUCUUUAGGCGAGAAUUAGUUUGUGAUACCUUAUAUACAAAGAAAUAAUAUUGAACGGAUUUUUGUCCGCCAUGUUUUACGUCAAAGUUAUGCAGAGUCCCAAUGGCUGAUGUGCAAAGUAGAGCUGUUUUGCCAAUAAAACUUUUGUUGUGCUGAACUCAGGACUAUGAGAGGCUUCAUAUCAACUGUUCUUUACUAUAGCAAGAUAUUUUGAAGACUUAAGAAGUCUAGGAGAGCCAGAACGAUCAGUUCUUGACUCUCUGUCACAGCCCAAAGAGGAAAGCAGGCUCAUACAACAAGAGUAUUGCACUAUACUUCCUAGGUUGGCUCUCUUGGCAUCUUUCUUGACUCUAGAAUAGUUUUUAGCUUCAAAAUGCAGUGACCAAGAUCUCCAGGACACAGAAAGCACUUGCUGCUUGACGUAAAACAUGGCAGCCAAUUAUUUUAUGUGGGUGUAUACAGUAACUGAGAUAUAAUGAUAUUCAUUGCAAAAUUAAUGAUAUUCACAAGCUGCUACUUCUCGCCGAAAGGGGUCUAUAAUGAUUUCAUUGCAAAAUUAAUGAUAUUCACAAGCUGCUACUUCUCGCCGAAAGGGGUAUAUGAUAGUACCUCCAAGGCUCCAAAUGUGAACAAAAUGACAGCCAAAAUACUAGCCUGGCUACGCAAAGACAAAACACCAGACUAUCAACCAGUGGAGAGGAAUAGUCACUCCACUGUACGGGUAGGAGACUACCUGUACAUGUGGGGUGGGUACCAGCCUGGUCUCCCUGAAGUACAUAAUAAUGAAAAGAAGAAAUCAAUGUGUUCUGUGAUGGAGGUGUGCCACCUAAGGACUGGUAGGUGGGAGCAGAAACCCACCACUGGUAACCCUCCACUGGGUGUUGUUAGCUAUGCAGCUGCUGCCAUUGGAAGGGAAAUAUUUUAUUUCGGAGGCUAUUGCAAUCAUGAUGACUGUUAUCAUAAUAGUUUAUACAGUUUUAAUGUUGAUACCUUCAACUGGAAGGAACUGUCUCCUACUACAUCUCAUCAUGGUCCUAUAAUGAAGGCCUACUGUGACAUGAUAGCAAUAAAAGUGAACGGUGAGGACUAUCUUGUAGUAAUUGGAGGAUCUGAACCAUCUUCUAAUAAUACACCCAAACAACCUGGUGCCCAGUACAGUUAUGAUAAGACUAAUGAGAUCCAUUUCUAUAAACUCUCAACAGGACAAUGGAUAUCACCGACUGUCACUGGAGACAGACCACCUCCUAUUGAUGAAUUCACUUUAACAUCAAUUAAUAAUUCCAGUGCUAUAUUAUUUGGAGGUGGCACUGCUAAUAGAGACAGUAACAACGUAUAUAUUCUUAAUUUUACUGAUACAUCAGUGAAUUGUUCAAAGUUAUCUAAUCCUGGAGGAUCAGUACAAUGGCCUAAGGAAAGACGUGGUCAUUCCAGUGUGUUGAUUAACACUAGCUCAGGACCACACCUACUAGUGGUGGGUGGAAUAGAGAUAUUGUUUUCUACUUAUGAUAUUUGGAUAUUUGAUAUUAACAAUAAAUCAUGGAAGAAACUGGUUAAUAUACCAGACAAUGUCACUGAGAGAUGUUCUCAUUCUCUCUCAGUUUGGAGUGUGACUCCAACCACUAACUGGAUAAUUGUGUUUGGAGGAAAGAGGAACUUGCUCAUAACAAUAAGUGAUACAGCAGUUAUUGAACUCAGAUAUACUAGUAAUAAUGAUUGGUCUACUA